UGUAAAUAUAAUCCUACUUCAACUUGUAAGUAUAUAAAAAGAUCUGAUCUUGCUUCCUCUGUGCAAAAUCCAGAAAUACCCAGUAUUUAUAUGUAUUUAUAUUAUUAUAUUGUGUGCUUCAUGCUCGGUUUCAUGGUACACGUUUCAACCCCCACUCUCCCCAUCUUAUGGUCCAAGUGGACUCAAAAUCAGCCAAUUAACGAAACUGACACCUUUGAUAAUACACCAACCCUCUAACAAAAAACCAUCCUCAAAUUCUCUACUAAUUUAAAUUCAAAGUGUAAAAAAAACCCCAAUAAUAAACGUUGAAAAUCCCAUUAUAGUAAUGUAAUGAAACGUAAAAACCAUAGCCGUGAAGAAAGAAAGAGACAAACCAAACUCUUCAGUCUGAAACUCAUAUUAAAAGGGGUUUGAUUAGCGUUUAAUCUGUUUCUAUAAUAAAAGAGGGGGAAAAAGAAAAAACUGCUAUCACUGUCAUAUCCCAAAUAUUCUAAUUUCUUGAUGCUUUGAUUCUGUAUUUUUUUAAAGAGCAAAAAACUUUUGUGGCUUUUCGUGCUUUUUACUUGCUUUCUUGCAAGGGUUGUUCACCUGCUCUGUAUUCCUGCGUGGGGAUAUAUACUCCAAAUAAGCUAAAUAGAAUAUUGUUUUUUGGGGGGUUUUACCUACAAGUUUGUGUAAUAUCGUGUUUGGUGUCAGUACGUGGUCUUCUUUUUUUUCCUGAAAGUUCUUUACUGGGGGUGGGUUGGCGACUUGGUUUUUUCACUUUGGAAGAGUUCCAAAUAAGUUGCAUUGGAAAAAAUGGUUUAUUUGGGACUUUGAAACGAUUUAUCAUGGAUCUGGAGACAGGGAGUUAUAAAAAUCCUCUUAAAGUGAGUUGUGUUUCUUUUUCGUUGAUAAAGUUGUGAUUUUUAUUCUUUUUGUUGGUUUUAAGAUUAGCCCAUUUGGAUUUUCUAAUUGGAUUUUUUUUGCUGUGUUACUACUGUUUUGGGAUUGCAGAGAGAAUCAUGGCGAACAGUUCUAUCAUUAGCCUAUCAAAGCUUGGGCGUUGUUUAUGGUGAUUUAAGUACAUCCCCAUUGUAUGUUUACAAGAGUACUUUUGCUGAAGACAUUCAUCACUCAGAGACUAAUGAAGAAAUCUUUGGGGUUUUAUCCUUCGUGUUUUGGACGCUGACUUUAGUUCCUCUUCUCAAGUAUGUUUUUAUUGUACUGAGAGCUGAUGAUAAUGGUGAAGGAGGCACAUUCGCUCUGUAUUCACUCUUGUGCAGGCAUGCCAGAGUAAAUGCACUGCCCAAUUGCCAGUUGGCUGAUGAAGAAUUGUCAGCCUACAAGAAGGAUAUAGUUAAUCCUGAACCAACCACUUUUGGGGCAAGGCUUAAAUCCACCCUUGAGAAGCACCGAGUGCUACAGAGAUUUUUGCUUCUGUUGGCUCUGAUUGGUGCUUGUAUGGUGAUCGGGGAUGGUAUUCUUACUCCUGCUAUUUCAGUGUUUUCUGCAGUUUCUGGCGUUGAAUUGGCCAUGUCCAAAGAGCAUCACCAAUAUAUAGAAGUUCCAGCCACUUGUAUCAUACUGAUAGCCUUGUUUGCCCUUCAACAUUAUGGUACCCACAGAGUCGGGUUCUUGUUUGCACCUGUGGUGAUAACAUGGCUUCUAUGCAUCAGUUCCAUUGGGCUGUACAAUAUUGUCUAUUGGAAUCCACAUGUCUAUCAAGCUUUGUCCCCAUAUUACAUGUACAAAUUCCUGAAGAAAACUCAAAGAGAAGGUUGGAUGUCCUUGGGUGGGAUUCUUUUGUGUAUAACAGGUUCUGAAGCUAUGUUUGCUGACCUGGGGCAUUUCUCCCAGUUUUCUAUACAGAUUGCAUUUACAACCAUGGUUUAUCCAUCAUUAAUCCUUGCUUACAUGGGACAAGCCGCAUAUCUAUCCAAACAUCAUGUCAUCCAAAGUGACUACCAUAUCGGAUUCUAUGUCUCCGUACCUGAGAAGUUAAGAUGGCCUGUUUUAGCAAUCGCCAUCCUUGCUGCAGUGGUUGGAAGCCAAGCCAUCAUUACUGGAACAUUUUCAAUCAUAAAACAAUGCUCAGCUCUGGGUUGCUUUCCCAGAGUGAAGAUAGUGCACACGUCUUCAAAGAUACAUGGACAGAUUUACAUCCCAGAGAUCAACUGGACCUUGAUGUUGCUAUGCUUGGCUGUUACAAUUGGGUUCAGAGACACGAAGCGGAUGGGGAAUGCUUCAGGUUUGGCUGUAAUAACUGUGAUGCUUGUGACAACCUGCUUGAUGUCUCUUAUUAUCGUGCUAUGCUGGCACCGGAGCGUCUUCCUGGCAAUUGCGUUCGUGGUGUUCUUUGGCACAAUUGAAGCCCUUUAUUUCUCUGCUUCACUGAUCAAGUUCUUAGAAGGAGCUUGGGUACCAAUCGCACUUUCAUUCCUCUUCAUGAUAGUCAUGUGCGUUUGGCACUACGGCACACUGAAGAAGUAUGAGUUUGAUGUCCAAAACAAGGUUUCGGUUGACUGGCUUCUCAGCCUCGGGCCCAGCCUAGGCAUUGUCCGAGUCCGCGGCAUAGGCCUAAUACACACUGAGCUGGUCUCCGGGAUCCCUGCAAUUUUCUCGCAUUUUGUCACCAAUCUUCCAGCGUUUCACCAAGUCCUGGUUUUCCUAUGCGUAAAAUCAGUGCCAGUUCCUCAUGUCAAGCACGAAGAAAGGUUUCUCGUAGGUCACAUUGGGCCGAGGGAGUAUCGAAUGUAUCGAUGCAUCGUCCGUUAUGGGUAUCGCGAUGCUCAUAAAGAUGACAUGGUGUUUGAGAAUGACUUGGUCUGCAGCAUAGCCGAGUUCAUCCGAACAGGAAAAUCGAGCAUAAACGGCGUUACCCUGGAUGAUCUGGAUGCUGCAGCUGCCGGAAACGAGAAGGAUAUUUACGAAGAUAUGACGGUGGUUGGAACACCUUCAACUCAUUUGGACGGUAUUCAGUUGCGGGUGGAUGAAGCUGAUCAGGCCGGCCCCUCUGAGCUACGAGAAAUCCGGUCACCACCCGUUUCAAAAUCGAGGAAAAGAGUGAGGUUUGUGAUACCAGAGAGUCCGAAAAUCGACAGCAUUGCAAGGGAGGAAUUAAGGGAUCUAAUGGAAGCAAGGGAAGCUGGGAUAGCUUACAUAUUGGGGCAUUCAUACGUGAAGGCUAAACAAGGGUCUAGCUUAGUGAAGAAACUAGCCAUAAAUUAUGGGUAUGAUUUCCUGAGGAGAAACUGUAGAUCGCCGACUUAUGCGUUUAGUGUACCUCAUGCAUCGACAUUAGAAGUGGGAAUGGUAUACUACAUCUGAAUAAUUACCCGAUGAAGAUUGAUCAAAAUUUCAAAUCAUGGAUUUAGUAGUGUCUUGUAAAUGUGUUUGUAGCCUUAUAGAAAAAGAAUUGUAGUAUCAAAAAAAGUAACCAAAGUGUUUUCUUUAACACAGGAUGAUUAACUUGCUAACAGUAACUCAGUUAUGAUCGAUACACUUUUGUCUGAGUUUUUAUCGUUCUUUUCCUCCUGGGCACAUUUUCCAGGUGGCUCUUGAUCGGCGGCAGAUUCCAGGCUAUCAGCAAAAAUCCGGCCGGUCCGGCGGCUGAUUGUGACUGAAUGAAUGAACUCGAGCGCAAAUGAAAUGAUGUUUCCAAUGUUGAGAGAUUAUCUGGGCUGAGAUUAUUAAGGGGCUAGGCCGUUGUUCGGAUAACGACUCAUUUUACAUUUUAACUCAUUUUACUUCUUAAAUACAGAACCCAAUAGAAAAGAAAAUAUCAUCCAAACAACUUUAUGAUUUAUAUUUUAAAUUCUAACUUGAAACACUUUUUGUUAGUGUAAUGACCAUUUUAG